AUGCGUCGUAUGUGCGUUGACUAUGCCAGGUACCAACUGCUGAGGUGUUCCUCAGAAACAUGCAAGGAAGCGAUGCCAAAUGACGCAUGUCCGUGGAAGGGGCUCACGUGUCAAAGUGUUGACCGCGUGACGGUCAUGGAGACUGAUAAUUAUGAGACGUUGGUGAGAGAGCCUCAAAAAGCCAAGUUGACUCCCCGACUCGAGGACUACGGCCGUGAAAUGGCAACACAAGGGCUGAAGCCCGUUCGGAUUCGCAAUGAGAUGGCUCGUCGGUUUGGGUUGGCGGAGGCGGAGAUACCGAUACUGCGCCAGGUGCAAUGGCUUGUCAGCAGCUAUUCAAAGAAGAAUAUGCACCGCAAUGACGAUCAUGACGAAAUACUGGACCAAAUCGAUCAACUGCCUUACGGUCCGACCGUCUCAGACACGAGCCAUUUCAUUCGAAUAGAAGCGUGA